UCGCCAGUCAGUGUCAAGAUUUACCGCGGAACGCGAACGUAUGUAUAUGUUUUUGCUUCGUGACGCACGAAUCUUCGUGAGUUUACGAGAAAAAUAACGCGAACUUCAUAUUACAGUUUAUAACAAUUUGUAUUCGCUUGAAGUUUUUUUUUUUUUUUUAAAUAAAUUGUGUGAAAUGAGUCUGAAAUGCAGGAGUCCGACAAACGUGAUACUGCCACCGCCGUGUAGGAUCAUAACAGUAGUUAACAGUAUGCCUCAGAAAAAUGAGCCGGGCGCGGACCUUCCCGAUAUCACGGCCGUGCUCGACGAAACAGAAACGAUAAUCAGACAGUGUUUCAAGGAGUUCCAAUUACACGAGGUAUUUCUGUCUUUCAAUGGCGGCAAAGAUUGCACAGUUUUACUCGACAUCACAAUAAAAAUACUAAAAGAAAUGUACAACAGGGAUAACAUAGCGCAGGAUCUGAAAAUAGUCUACAUAAGGUCAGUAGGACCAUUCAAAGAAAUCGAGGAAUUCGUCAAAUAUAUAGAGAGAUAUUAUAAUAUAAAAUUGAUAGUCUUCGAAGGAGAAAUGAAGAAUAAUUUAAAAUUGAUGAUGGAAGAGGACGGAAGAUUGAAAGCGUCGUUGAUGGGAACAAGACGGACGGAUCCGUAUAGUAGCGAUUUGAAAAUAAUGCAAAAAACAGACUCAUCAUGGCCCCAAUUAAUGCGGGUAUUCCCCCUGCUGAACUGGUCUUACCACCAAAUAUGGAGCUACCUACUAAAGUACAAAGUGCCUUAUUGCAGCCUCUAUGAUAAAGGAUACACGUCAAUAGGCAGUAUACACAAUACGUGGCCUAACCCGUCACUAGGUUACAAAGACAGCUGUGGGUGCCUCUCCUACCACCCGGCGUGGUGUCUCGCAGACCCCACGCUGGAGAGGGCGGGCCGGGGACAGGCGAACGGGCAUAACAACCAAAAUGGACAUAACGGAACGCCUGAUAUGUAGAUUAGAUAUGUAAUAGGUUAAUGUAGGACAAAUUGAUUCGCAACUUGAUUGACAGUUUUCUUGCCAGUGUUAACAGGUAGAAAGGGAGGGUUAAUAAUUUCUAGUGAAAUUGGAAAAUGAGUAAUUUUUAAUAUGAAUGAAAUAUUGUCUACAUAGUGUAUGAGGUAGUGUAGAGGUAAAUAUAGUGAGGAAUGAUAGAGGAAUAGUGUUACCAAUUUUAUAAGUUACACCAAUGUGCCUGCUCUGAAGUCAAUUUUUUUUUAUAGCGCGAUAAUAUUUGAGCCUGUCAGAGCUCGCCAUUUGAACCCACGAGAACCCGUGCGAGAUAGCAAUAGACAUUUUGUUCUUUGAUUUUAUGUUUAAUGUACUCGUAAUAAGGUCGUUAUUUUAUUGAGUUCUCUUUGGGUUUGAUUCGUCGGUAGGGUAUUCUGCGCUGUCAAAUAUUGUCAAUGUGACUAAUAAAAGUGGUAUUGCUAUAACUAUUUAUAUUUUUAUAGUACUGAUACUGUCCAAAAUUAAAAUAAUUUAUUUCCUAAGUAAUAGGUUACAAAUAUUAGUUAUGAUUGAGACCCUUUCCCCUUCUGCAACUGUUCCUAUAGGUACUUAAAAUAGUAAAUUUAGACCAAGUUUCACCCGAUCAAUAAAAUAAAGCAACUUGGUAUCUCUUUUUCAAAAACAUGUGAAUACAGCUACUUAAUGUGAUGUGUUGUUGAAUAAGUUUUAUAAUAGAUCUUAUUUAUUUAUGAAACUGAAUGCAAUUUAGAAUGUACGUAAGUUAUAUUACGUUGUUAAAAAUAUUUUAUUAAGAAGAUUCCCUACAAAUACAAUGCAAAAUAAAUAAAAAAUUGCAGUUAUGAAUAAUGACGUUAAAAUAUUCAUCAUAAUAUGCAGCCAUGCAUACAUUAUGCAUGCACGUUACAAUACAAAUAAAUUGUAAUAAUAAUUUUUUUUUAAUAAUCAACCCGCUGAAAAAUAGCAAUUAUUAAUAUUAAUUAAAUAAUUGAGAAAAACAUUUAAUUAAUAUAUAUAGAGAUAUUGUAUUUUUGAAUGAACUAAAACUAAACAAAUUGGUAGGUAUACCAAAUACAGAACUAAUUCGCUCCUAGUUUUAUUAAUUUAAAAUAUUCGUAAAGAUUAUUUAUUGAUUAAUCCAUGUGCACAGAAUACAUAUACGAAUGAUAUACACAUUCUCUUAAUUAAAGGUGCUGCUUAUUUCUAAAGAAAUCUCUCGUUUUUCUUAUUUAAAUCACCGAUUAUUCUUGACUCUUGUUUAUUAAUCGUGGUGUAUAAAACGUGUUUGAUAUGAAAUUAUCUACCAACAUAUAUGCAUACAUGUAUAGAUCAUAUCAUGAUCUGAUAUAAUCUUAAAUAUAAGUAUUGAUAAUACAAACUAAUCUCGGCGCCAACUUCUAGUAAACAUAUGAAUUGUUAUCAUCUGAAACGAACUCGCUUUCAGUGAUAAGAACCACAAUGACAGUUGCAAAAAUAAAAAAAAAACUGAUUUAUAUGCGAGAGUAAAUUAUUGUAUGUGAUUAUAUUAUUUCUGUAAAUACCAGAAAAUCGUAGCCCUGAUAGGGUAAAAAGUUAGACAGCCCCACAGAACUUGUAAUAAUAUGAGGCCAUAGAAGUGGUAAGUUCUGGUGAAUGUGACGUCAUAAUUAAUGGUUGUUACACCACAAAGCCUUGAUAUUGCAUCUCAAUUCUUAGAUUCAUUUGACUUGAAAUUAAUAAUUUUAUCUUAUAUAACCGACACAAGGUUAUUAUUAUUGUGUGAUUUUUUAAGGCGAAGACAUGAUUUUUAAUUCAUUAAUUAUUAAUUCAUCCCAUCAGUAUGAUAAUAAAAUGUGACGCAUUCAGGGUAGAAUUAACUAGAUCUGUACGUAUUACUUUUAAUUAGUUAUGUUACAUAAAUGCUCAACAGAUGUUUAAAUUUAAUUUAUUUUACUUACCUGACAUUCCUGAACAAAAAUGUUUUAUUUUGAAUCAUUUUUAAUUUUAUUUUUGUUAUCACCAAUGUUAAAACAUAAAAUUUUAAUGCUAGUUUUUAAUAAAAUAUGCGGCUUUAUAAAUAUCUCUUGUGUAGGCAAAAAUAAUGUUGUACCUUAUUAUGAUGUGUUAAGAUUAAAAAUACCAAAUACAACGAUAUGUAAUAUUUUAAAAAUAAAUUAAGCACCUCAGUUUUGAAAACCUCAUAUUUAUUUUUUAUGUUCUACUGCACAUUUAAAUAAUGUAAUGUCGAAAAAGGCUCAAGAUGUCCAGGGAUUCAAGGUUUCCAUUUGGUAGACAAGGUCAUUCUGUUGAAUUACCAAAUUCAUUUCUACAAGUAUUCGCGAACGUUUGUCAAACCUAUAUCACAUAAUUGCUCAACUCAAUGUUAAAAUUUUUGGGAGUUUAUUCACUGUUUAUAGCUCUAUGACAUGUCUUAUCACUCUGUGGUUUUUGCUCCCAUCACUCUUUGCCUUAACAACGUUCACGAAUAACUCAGCUAGAGGAUACUUGAUAACAAACAAAUAACGCCAAGAUGAUGAACAAUUUUUGAUUGAAUGCAAUUAUUUUAUUUUAAAUAUAAAUUGCACGAUUUCUUAGUACUUACAUAACAUAUUGUUUAAAAACGGUUGUGUCGCACGUGUUUCGAUCGAAUAAAACACAUUUUAGAUUUUCA